GUCCAGUGAAAGGGUGGGAGAAAGCAAGGAAGCUUCACACAACUCGCAGAAUAGCGCUGGUCUGUCCACACCAGUCCACAGCCAGGGGGCCAAUUCGAAGACAGCAUUACUGUGGGCAGCAGACAUCUCCGUUUUCAAAGGCCCGUCUAUCACAGCCCCUGAUUGGUCAGUUCAAUGCCGGCCCCCUGCUCUCUGCCCCUCCCCCUCGCUCUGCUGAGCGUGUGGGCGAUAUGCUGCUCGGCCUCAGAGCUGCCCCCAGACACCCCCAAAAUCCAGCUCCGUCUGGCGGGGGUCAAGCGCAAGCACAGCGAGGGCCGUGUGGAGGUGUACUACAACGGCGAGUGGGGCACCGUGUGUGAUGACGACUUCUCCAUCCACGCCGCCCACGUGGUGUGCAGAGAGCUGGGCUUCCUGGAGGCCAAGUCCUGGUCCCCGUCCUCCAAGUACGGCCGAGGAGAAGGGCGGAUCUGGUUGGACAAUGUCCACUGCACAGGGCAGGAGGCGUCCCUUGCCCUCUGCUCCUCCAACGGAUUCGGGGUGUCGGACUGCAAGCACACAGAGGAUGUGGGCGUGGCCUGCAGUGAAAAGAGGAUCCCAGGGUUCCGCUUCCUCAGCUCUCUGAACGACAACAUAGAGAGCCUGCCCAUCCAGGUGGAGGAUGUGCGGAUCCGGGCGAUCCUGGCGGCCCAGCGGAGGCGUAUCCCGGUGACGGAAGGGUACGUGGAGGUGAAGGAUGGGGGCAAGUGGAGGCAGAUCUGUAACGAGGAGUGGACCCUGAUGAACUCACGCGUCGUCUGCGGCAUGUUCGGCUUCCCGGGGGAGAAGAGGCACAACCCACGCGUCUACAAGAUAUACGCGCAGAGGAGAAAGAUCAGUUACUGGGGCCACUCGGUGAACUGCACGGGGAACGAGGCGCACCUGUCUGCCUGCAGGUUGGGGAACAGGCUGCCUCGGAAGGGCAACAGCAGCUGCCCCCAGGGCACCCCCACAGUGGUCAGCUGCAUCCCCGGCCGGGCCUUCGCCCCCACGCCCCUCACAGGCUUCAGGAAGGCCUACAGGCCAGAGCAACCGCUGGUGCGCCUGAGGGGCGGAGCCAUGGUGGGAGAGGGGCGGGUGGAGGUUCUGAAGAAUGGCCAAUGGGGCACCAUCUGUGACGACAACUGGAACAUCCGGGCGGCGAGUGUGGUGUGCAGAGAGCUGGGCUUCGGCUCCGCCAAGGAGGCCGUCGCAGGGGGUCGCAUGGGACAAGGAAUGGGCCCAGUCCACAUGAAUGAGGUUGAGUGCUCCGGGUUCGAGAAGUCCAUCACAGAGUGCUACUUCAACAGGGACUCUGCGGGGUGCAGCCAUGAGGAGGACGCGGGCGUGAGGUGCACUGUGCCCGCCAUGGGCUUCCACCAGAGGCUGCGUCUCAGUGGGGGGCGGAACCCCUUCGAGGGGCGCGUGGAGGUUCUGGCGGAGAGGAACGGCUCGCUGGUCUGGGGCACGGUGUGCAGUGACGGUUGGGGCACGCUGGAGGCCAUGGUGGUGUGCCGCCAGCUCGGCCUGGGCUACGCCAGUCACGCCUUCCAGGAGACCUGGUACUGGCCGGGAGACGUGACCGCUGACGAUGUGGUGAUGAGUGGGGUCAGGUGUUCGGGGACAGAGAUGUCCCUGUCACACUGUCUGCACCACGGGCAGUACCUGAACUGCCCCCGAGGGGGGGGUCGCUUCUCCGCGGGGGUGUCCUGCUCUGAGACGGCACCGGACCUGGUUCUGAACCCGCAGGUGGUGGAGCACACGACGUACCUGGAGGACCGGCCCAUGUUUAUGCUGCAGUGCGCGUACGAGGAGAACUGCCUGUCCAGCACCGCCAACGCUGGCCGCAGCGACUCCUACCGCCGCCUGCUCCGCUUCUCCUCCCAGAUACACAACAACGGGCAUUCGGACUUUCGCCCCAAAAACGGACAACACUCCUGGAUCUGGCAUGAAUGCCACAGGCACUUUCACAGCAUGGAGGUGUUCACACACUACGACCUGCUGAGGCCGAAUGGCUCCAAGGUGGCAGAGGGACACAAGGCCAGCUUCUGCCUGGAGGACUCAGAGUGUGACGAGGGUAUCAACAAGAGGUAUGUGUGCGCCAACUUCGGCCAGCAAGGAAUCAGUGUGGGAUGCUGGGAUACGUACAGGCACGACAUCGACUGCCAGUGGAUCGACGUGACCGAUGUUACGCCUGGCGAUUACAUUCUCCAGGUCAUAAUCAACCCCAAUUACGAGGUGGCAGAGUCAGACUACUCCAACAAUGUCAUGAAGUGCAGGUGUCGGUAUGAUGGAUACCGCAUAUGGACAUACAACUGUCAUAUAGGUGGGUCACUAAGCUCAGAAACUGAGGACACCUUCCCUGGGCUGCUGACCAACCAGGUGUCCUACAGGUAAGAAGAACUAAAGGCAUACAGACAGAAAGAUGGAGAGAAGACUCAGAUUACAAGAAUCAACAUUACAAGAGUUGGAGAGACAGCCGGAACCUCCAACCACUAGAGGCGCUGUCUCUCUCGCUGUUCCCUACUGAGCGCCGCUGGACAAAACCUUUCACUUCUAAGUCUCAGGUCCAGGAUGCUCGAUCCAGGCACUUUCUGCCCUUACCAACUGAUCAGGCGUCAGAAUCAAAAUUUGGUUCAAUUUCGAAUGGUUGAGUUUAGGAUUGGAGGUAGGCAAGCUGAUCUCAGAUCUGUUGCCAAGAGCAGAAAGUACCUGGAGCACCCGAUCCCCAUGCCUGAAUGCCUCUGCCCUCCUUUCAGACGUGAAGCCUGAUUUUAACCUGCUCUCUGGAGAACGACACUCCCAGCCAGGGGCCCCGUCUCUCUGAGGGGAGAGGAGGCCUUUGCUGGGACUCAGUGGUUCGAAUAUGAGACACUGAUGGUUUUCAGCUUUUUAAGGCUUAAGAUGAGGUGCUGUGGAAAGGAAAGCUCUCUCCACAUGUAAAAGGGAAGCCUACACGCACUUUCCAAAAUGAUUGUAAUACGAGUGGUUUCCAGCUCCGUGCAUAGCUUCUGUGAAUCUGCAAAGGAAUAUUAUUAUACACGCCUAGAAAUGACAUCUGCUGAAUCUCCUCCCAUGCUGACUAAACGCUGUGACUCAACCCUGUUCACCCCCUGCCUCAGACCUCACGCAGCGACACAUUCCGGAACCUUCUCUGCUGUAAAUCCCGGUACACAGCUGAAGCACAGGGCUGUGUUCCAGCAGGUGUGUUUCACCUGGAUGUCCAGACUCUUACUAACUUCAGAAACAGGCUCACCGCCUGUGAUACGGGAAGUUUAACAGUUAAGAUGUGCAUUAGGAUGUUCAGGCAUUUACUGACACACCACUUUAACCCUGCUGUUUACAUGCACCUCGAAAGAGCAGAUGUACUGGAGUGUAAACUGGGGAAAGCCACUGCUGAGAAGUCCUCACUUCUCUCUCACCCAUGUAACAUGGCUGACAGUUAACAACACGAUUAGCAUGUAGCAGAACAACCCAGACAGAGGAGCACACUGCUGAAGCAUAUCACAGCACUGAGUUUCACUACUUUCCCAUCACUUCAUGCUAAUUUCAACCACUGCCGAGCUCACAGCAACUGAAGGAGGUGACUUCCUUUGCACCUUCCUGUCCCUCACAUGUAUGCUCAUUACACUGUGAUCCUGGAACACUGCCCUACAGUGUCUGAGGCGUUAGAGUUUGACGGUGUUUGCAGUUCAGAGCCUGGGGUUUGCAAAAGGGAGUGAAUGAAACAGGACACCAUUGCUGGGUGCCACACUAAGGGUUACGAGUGUUAGCGUUAGCUAGCUACUGUUAGCAUGUACAAAGGCCAAUUAACAGUGAAAUCCCCAAAGACUUGCUGUGAGAGACUGCUACAACACAGACAACUCCAUGCCUGUGUAGGAAUGUGUGAAUGCUUUUUUUUCAUAGUCAGUGCAUUUUUUAUACCUUUUGUAAAUGGUUCAGUCCUCUCCAGCUAGCAUUUAUAUGUAACUUAUUGCUGUGAAAGUCAGGGAUUGCAGUUGGAUAUGUUUUAUUUUGUCUAGCGUAAGCAAAUGCCCGUGUUUGUGAGUGACGCAUGUCUGGCUUCAUUGUAUUGUGUAUGUUCUGUACCAGUCCUGCUGUACUGUGGCCUUCUGUUUUCUGAGGGAGCAUACUGCAGGCUGAAAGGUGCUUACAGAUGCCCUUACUUGAAUGGGUAGGAUAAUAUCCACAUUAUGCUUCUGAACCCG